GGGGCGGCGGCGGCGGCGGCGGGCUCGGCCUCCCUGCCGAGGCUCCUUCCCUGGCCCUGCCCGCCCGUCCCCGCCGCCGGGCCCGCGCAGCCCCUCCCGCCCGGCGCGACCCUCGCACGCAGGCGGGCCGGGCUCGUCGCGGCGGCGGUUGGAGCCGAGCUGGCACAGGCUCGCAGAUGGGUCAGGGACUCUGGAGAAUUGCUAGAAACCAGCAAUUGCAGCAGCAAGGAUACAGUGGACAAGGCUAUCUCACCAGAGAGCAUGGUAGGAGGAUACCUGCUAACAGUGUUUCCAAUACAAGCCAUCGGAAGCAAGCCCAGGGAGGCAUUGACAUUUACCACCUGCUGAAGACAAGAAAAUCUAAAGAGCAAGAAGGAUUCAUUAACCUGGAAAUGUUGCCACCAGAGCUUAGUUUUACCAUUUUGUCAUACCUGAAUGCAACUGAUCUCUGUCUAGCAUCAUGUGUCUGGCAGGAUCUUGCUAAUGAUGAGCUCCUCUGGCAAGGGUUGUGCAAAUCCACUUGGGGUCACUGUUCUAUAUACAAUAAGAAUCCGCCUCUAGGAUUUUCUUUUAGAAAAUUGUAUAUGCAGCUAGAUGAGGGCAGUCUCACCUUUAAUGCCAACCCUGAUGAGGGAGUCCACUACUUUAUGUCCAAAGGCAUACUAGAUGAUUCACCGAAAGAAAUAGCUAAAUUUAUCUUUUGCACAAGAACACUGAAUUGGAAGAAGCUGAGAAUCUACCUUGACGAAAGGAGAGAUGUUUUGGAUGACCUUGUGACGCUGCACAACUUCAGAAAUCAGUUCUUGCCAAAUGCACUGAGAGAGUUCUUCAGACACAUCCAUGCUCCUGAGGAGCGUGGGGAGUACCUUGAAACUCUCAUAACAAAGUUCUCUCACAGAUUCUGUGCUUGUAAUCCUGAUUUGAUGAGAGAGCUUGGCCUUAGCCCUGAUGCAGUGUAUGUACUGUGUUACUCUUUGAUUCUACUUUCGAUUGAUCUAACAAGCCCUCACGUGAAGAACAAAAUGUCAAAGAGAGAAUUCAUCCGAAAUACGCGACGAGCUGCACAGAAUAUUAGUGAAGAUUUUGUAGGGCACCUUUAUGACAACAUCUACCUUAUUGGCCACGUGGCUGCCUAAAAGCACAAUUUGCUAGCACUUAAAAUUUGUAAUUUUCAAAAACUGCAUCAAUUCAAGAUAUUAAUUAUUUUGUAGAGAUGGGGGUUAUUUUAGUGCUGGUCAUUCUAACCUCUGUAUGCAAUCAAAGUUUGUGUGUGUAAGUGUGUGUAUGUGUAAACUACCUUUUCUAUCUAUUUACUGUGGGAACAGAAGGAUUUUUUUUAGUUU